AUGGGACUUUCUGUAGCUAUUUUUGCUCUUAUAACGGCAGCAAUAGAGUUUAUUUUUUUACUUAUGGAAUUGCCGUUCCACUGGAUUUAUUCAAAGUGGAAAAAGAUAUUUGUAAUAUCAUGUGUGUUUGCUGUUUUACUGGAUCCACUGUUCCUCUACAUUCCCAUCAUCAAGGAGGACAUGAAGUGCAUACAGAUGGACAAAAGGUUGAACAAGACGGCUUUUGCUCUGCGAUCUGUCACAGAUUUGUCUUACUUUGUCGACAUUAUUGUUCAAUAUCAUAGAUUUCAGAGGAUAUGGCGUUCAUACAUACUAAUUGACAUUUUAGCUAUUCUUCCACUCCCACAGGUAGUAAUUCUCAUUUUCUUUUCUAAAGGGAGGGGACCUUUUAAAACAAGGAAGCUUAUGAACUCCCUUGUUCUGUUGCAAUACAUGCCACGGGUGCUUCGAAUCUACUUCUCAUGUAAGGAAUUUAAAGAGAGUCCAUAUGAAAAUAUUAAACUAUGGAUUAAAGGUGUACUCAAUUUCUUUUUGUACAUCCUUGCUAGUCAUGUACUCGGGGCCUUUUGGUACUUUUUUGCUAUUCAACGAAUGACAACUUGCUGGAAAAUUGCAUGUCAAACAGGCAAUAGAUGUGAAUCUAGUACUAAUUUUGUCUGCGAGGAUAAUCAGUUCAGAAAUACCACACUUUUAAAUGACUUAUGCCCAAUAAAUUCACCAAAUGUAACGCUCUUUGAUUUUGGUAUAUUUGUUGGUGUCCUUCAAUCUGGUAUUUCGGAGUCAACAAAUUUUCCACAAAAGUUCUCCAACUGUUUUUGGUGGGGUCUGCGCAAUUUGAGUUCUCUUGGCUCAAACCUCCAACCCAGUAUUAAUACAUGGGAAAACCUAUUUGCGGCUUCUAUUUCUGUAAUUGGCUUGCUACUAUUUUGUUAUCUUAUUGGAAAUUUGCAGACAUACAUGCAGUCAGAGUCAGACCCUGCAAAAGUAGAGGCACGCAAGAUUAAAUUUGAAAAAAAGUUGGACGAGAAAGGAACCGAGAUAGAAAAUUGGUUAUCCAAGAAUGUCAUCCUUGAAAGUGACAAGGAUAAUUUAAAGUUGGAGGUCAUGAAAACGGUCAAGCAAGAACUUAAGCAAGGCAGGGAUGUCGACGUGGAGAAUAUCCUCUUUAUUCUUCCCUUCAAACUUCGAAACUAUAUCAAUUCUUGUAAGAUGUUGGAAAAGCUCAAGGCAAUACCAAAGCUUCAGUCUAUGGAUGAAGUGGUGUUAAAAGCAAUGUCCAAGCAUCUGACACUUAAGAAAUAUGCUGCAAAUAGCUACAUCAUAAAAGAGAAUGAACCACUUGGAAUGAUGUUGUUGAUCGUGGACGGAGAUGUAAAGGUUGAAAGUAGCAAUGAAGUUUCUAGCAGGUUGCUUAAAACAGGGGAUUUCUAUGGAGAAGAACUUCUGGAUUGGGUAAAGGUUUCUCUAUUUCCUUCCUUGUUACCCCUUUCCACCAGUACCGCUUGGGCCUUCAAGGAUGUGGAAGCCCGCCUUCUCAUGGCCAGCGACUUGUGUGCCGUAGCCGCUUUUUACCGUGAGCAUUUCAGUGAGAACACUUUCAGCCCCCCACCAGUUGAUGUUCAGUUUAACCGCCUAGGUCUUGCUAAAUAUUCAAGGGUAGCUGAAUAACAAC